AUGAGUCCGAUAUCAUGUCACAUGUUAAAAUCAUCGAUAUUUUAAAAUCAUUUCAUCAUGCAAUGACAACGACAAAAUCAUCAAUGCUUUUAAAUCAUUACUCGAAUCGAAUGACAAUGAAUGAAUUGAAUGCCAACUUCGGUGAUUUUCGGCCGUUUCGCUCGGCCCCGCUCGGGUGUGCUCGGUCGCAAUCGCAAUGCGCAGCGGCGGCCCGGCGGCGGGCGGUUCGAAUCGCAACGUUGCGACACUUAUGUGUGACUGUUGCGAGGCUUGCCCGAUCGUAUGACUGGGCGCACGGAACGGCAACAAUUCUUUCACUUCGUUGUUUAAGUUUGCGCGCGAACUUGACUCGAAAGGUUGUUUUUUUGUGAAUCAUUGUUUUGGAUUGAACUUUUGAUUAGGAAAGGACGAGCAUCCUUACCUAAUUUUAUUUUACGCGUACGAACUUACGAAGUACGUAGUGUAAUUUGUUAAUUGACUUAUGCCGUAGUAAAUAUUGAAGUGUAUUACAAAUUUUAAAACCAAGUUAGUAUUUGCAGUUUGUGCCUAAAAUAUUAAAAACGUAUGGUAGGUACUUAACGUUCUUAUUUAAUGAGUGGUUACAGUUUACCUAAAUACCUAUUAAUAAAAAAUGGCAUCAACUUUAAGAAAAACAUCCAACGUCUGGGUACAUUUUGACAUUGAAUCCGUUGGUGAAAAGACAGCAGUGUGUAAACUGUGCAGGGUAAAAUUAUCCUAUAAAACUUCCUCAACAAAUUUAAAAAAACAUAUUUUAAGAAAACAUCCUACGGUUGAAAUUCAAGAUGAACGUAGGAACAUGGGUAUGCACCAAAACAGUUCAGAACAACGUUUGGAACAGGAAGCUGGCCCUUCUAAUCAAGCAGGAUCCCAAAAUCUGACUCAACAGUCUGUUGUUGCUUCUUCUGCUAGUCACUCAGCCGAGGGUAAUCCGUUGCCACAACCACACAUUAUCCAGCAGUCUUUAGUUCGACAACCUACAAUAGCUCAAUUUACACAGAGAAAAAAAAUUACACCAUCUGAACAGGAAAGGUUGAAUAGACUACUUAUGAAAUUGUUCAUGUUAGAUUUUCAACCAUUCAGUAUUGUGGAAGACGAGGGCUUUGUUGCAUUUGUUCAUGGUCUAAAUCCCAUUUACCAACUACCUAGUCGUAAGUACCUUUCAAACACUUUACUGCCAUCAAUGUACCAGCAAGUUUUUAAUGAAACAAAAACAAAAAUGACUGAAGAAGCAAAAAGUGUAUGCCUUACCACAGACUGCUGGACAUCAAAAGCAAAUGAGUCAUAUAUGGCCAUAACAGCUCAUUACAUCGAUCAAAACUAUAUUUUGAAGUCGCUUCUCCUGCAGUGUGAAGUCCUCCCUGGACAUCAUACCGCCAUAAACUUAGCAGCUCAAUUAAGAAAAUGUGCAUCGACUUGGAACAUUACAGACAAAAUUACCAUAGUUGUGUCUGACAACGCGAGUAACAUAGUCUCCGCUAUCACGACUGAGCUGAAUUGGCGCCAUUUUGGGUGUUAUGCACACAGUUUAAAUUUAAUUGUCAAGAGUGGAUUAAGCGUUGAAAAUUUGCAACAGACAAUCACCAAAGUGAAGAACAUUGUAUCUUUUUACAAACGUAGCCCUUUGGCCACAGAAAAGUUUGUAAAAUAUCAGGUCCAACAAUCGGAGGCAAAAACAGCAAAAAAACUCACUCAGUCUGUGGAAACUCGAUGGAACUCUGACUUUCAUAUGCUGCAAAGGUUUCUUGAACUUAGAGAGGCUGUAACUGCAACACUUCCACUCAGCAACUUCAAAGGUACAUAUCUUGAAGACAAUGAUUGGAAAAUUAUUCAAGAUUUGCAGUGCGUGCUUAAACCCUUCGAUGAAGUGUCUACGCGUAUGAGUGGAGAAAAAUAUUUGACGGGUGGAGAAGUGAUUCCAAUCACACAGUGUCUUUUGCAAACAUUAGAAACUCUAGAGUUGAGAGAGUUGCAUGAUGUUGUGAAAUUGGUUUUAAAAAAGCUAAAAAAGGAAACUUCGGAAAGGUUUCGCAAUUUGGAAUUUAGCAGAACACUUGCACUAUCAACUUUUUUAGAUCCGAGGUUUAAAAUUUUCAUGUUUCCACAACAUCUGGCUGAAGAAACGAAAAAAGUUGUCAUCGAAUUGGUAGCUGCGUCAAUUGCAAAAACUAAACAAUUAACUACUCCAACCCUAGCUACGACACAAAACUCGGGAAGUAAUACUGAACCAUCCAUAUGGAAUUUAUAUAGGACAGCAAUUGCGAAAAUAGAGCCUAAAGGAACCCCGUUAUCAAGAGCGAUAGCGGAAGUUCAAAGGUACCUAGACGAUGACAUCCUUCUAAUGGGAUCGGAACACGACACUCCACUUCAGUGGUGGAAAAACCACGAACAUGUUUACCCAAAUUUGACGAAAUUAGUUUUUACUAAGUGCUGUGUGCUGGCAACAUCAGUGCCUUGUGAAAGGGUAUUUUCACGAGCUGGUACCAUGGUAUCCGAAAGACGCACUCGCCUAGGAGUUUCAAAAGUAAAACAGCUUAUGUUUUUAAACGUCAAUUGUAGCCAAUGAAUAGGCACAACAGGCA